GUCGACUUUGAACGAUGUCCGCGCAGAACUUUCUGCGUUAUGCCAAAGCAGAAAGCAGGAAUCUUUAGGGAUUCACACAGUCACAUUCCAACCACUUCGUUCUCGCGUCAGCGAGGACCGUAUGGUGACAGAAGAAUGGAAUAUACUGGAACAAAGAUGGCUAUUUGUGGCAGUGCUAGAUGGUCACGGAGGAACUGCCGCCGUAGAGCAUACAGUAAACGUAUUACCAACACGUGUCCGCGCAGCAUUACAUCUCCUCAUUCAACAUCAUCUACAAGGCAAACUAGACCGCCGUAAUAAUGGGGAUGGACAGCUUGUGUCUGUCAUGUUACGCGAAGAGAUCGAAAAAUAUGACAGGAGCAUAGGCGAAGCUGUGAAGAGCAUAUGUCGCAAGCCGCAUCGUCUCGCGGAGGAGGCUGCUCGGACGUUGAUCGAUGAACACUUAGAGAUCUUGCAACGUGCUUACAGUGGUACGACCCUUUCCGCCGUGCUGGUAAACAUCAGCGAACGACUUAUGUGGGCUGUGGGUGUUGGCGACUCCACCGUUGCGCUCAGUACACUAGGCAUUGACGGAAGGCGCAGUUUUGAGCGACUGGCUGACCUGCAUUCUCCGAAGAAUCCUUUGGAGUACUUUCGGGUGGCCAUGGCGCAUCCGGCGACUGAAAAGGAGGUCUUGAUUGAGGACCGGCUCCUUGGAUCCCUUGCCAUGACAAGAGCCAUCGGGAAUUUCAAGUUCAAAUUUCAUCAAGCAUAUCUGAGUCACCUUCUCCGUUUCUUGCCCACUACUGCUCAGACGCCUCCCGAAAAAGUGAUCCCGCGGAUCAUGACACCACCUUACCUGAUCGUGGAACCAUCAGUGCGCUUUAUUGACCUGGAGCUCUACAGCACAGCCAAGCCUAUUGUCAUGCUAUACUCCGACGGUGUCGACUGUCUCGUUGAUGGAUAUUCCAACUUCAGCCCAGAUAUGUGCAGAAAAUCAAAUCCUUGUCAGGUCGUUGCCGCUCUUCUCCAAGACAGUGUCGAUCCAUUUGUCGAGGAGGCGCUUGAACACAAGGUGGAAUUGCGAUGGACUGGUCCAAAUGGAAAUAAGGCUGUCGAUGUUCUCGGCAAUCUCGUGGGAGGUACGAAUGUGGACAAAUUGAAGAUGGUAAUGGAUCAGGAGAUCUUGGCUGAUACAACCGAACAGCCCAGUUUCUAUAUUGACGACGUUUCCAUCAUUAUCUUCGAAGUGUCCAAAACAUCCUGACAUAGCCGUUCCAAUUAGUACUGAUGUACUUACCACAGGUUUUUCACAGUGUUCUCAAUUUCUAAACUCGCUUCUGUC